GCUUGUCGGUAGUUGAGAAUUGUGCACCCACCCUAGAUUAUUAAUAAACAGUCUUGAAGUCCAACUCGAGUAUCAUUGACGCCUACCCUGACAUGGCGCAGCCGGAAAUUAUUUAAAUGGUUCAAACAAAGAUAAAAUAGUAUAAAAAGUUAAAAUAUUUAAUUAACAGGACUCAGUUGUUUAUAUACUAAUAUGGAAACAGUGCUUACGCCUCCGUUACCGUUUACUUAUGAUCAAAGUUUAUUGAACAUUACUACGGGCAGUUUAAGUGAUAGUUGGAAAAAAUGGAGUAAGGGAUUUACAAUAUAUUUCGACGCGUGUGAACUUUCUAAAAAAACAUCGGCCAUACAAAUAAAUAUAUUGCUUCAUAUAGUGGGUGAACAGUGCAGGGAAUUGUAUGAACAACUAAAUGUGAAGUGUACUACGGUAGAACAGGUUUUGGACGAAUUUAAAAAAUAUUUUGAUCAAAAGAAAAACUUAACGGUUGAGAGGCAUCGAUUUUUUACGCGAAAUCAGGCAGAAAGUGAAACAAUUGAACAAUAUGUGUUUGAUUUAAAGAAAUUAUCAACUUCAUGUGAGUUUGGAACUUUAUGUGAUUCCUUAAUUAAGGAUAGGUUGAUAUGUGGCAUCGCGAGCAAAGCUAUUCGGGAGAGAUUAUUACGUGAAGCCGACUUGACUUUAGAACAAGCUAUGGAGAUUUGUCGAGCGGCUAUAGUAUCUAAAGUGUAUUCGGAAAAAAUUGUUGAAGACUCGCGAGAGAAAUCGGUACAUAACAUAACGACGGGUGACAACAACAAUUCAUUGCAAGAUAAUAAUGUAUGGCAAAUAUCACAAAGAGGAGGUUACGGUCGUGGCCGUGGACGGUUCGCGGGGUCGCGAGGCGGCCGCGGCGCGGGAGCUUGGAGCAGGAGCGGUUGGCGCGCGCAGGACUCGACCGUGUCGGCGCGAGCGGCGGCUGGCGCGGGCGGGAGCGCCGCUGGUGCUCGUAGUGCGGCGCAUAAUGUGUAUAAUAACAGUACUCGUUGUUGUAACAAAUGUGGUACAACGCACGGAAACUAUGCGUGCCCAGCGUAUGGGAAACGUUGUUUACGGUGUUCGCGCAUGAAUCACUUUUCGCGUAUGUGUGGCGUAUAUCAAAUUGAGGAGUCGGACCAACAGGUAAUAUAUUGUCUUAAUAAUGAGAUAGAUGAAUGGUCGAUUGUUUUAAAUAUUAAUAGCUAUAAUUUAAGGUUUAAACUUGAUACGGGAGCCGAAGUUAAUGUUUUGCCAUUACGCUACUUAUCUCAAGUUGGUUUAAGCAAAGAAAAUUUAAUGGUUACCACGUCGCGGCUUCACGGUUAUUCUGGAAAGAACUUGGAUGUUCUAGGCAAAUGUUUUUUGAAAGUGGUAUAUAAAGAUAAUGUAUAUUUUUUGGAAUUUAAAGUGGUGGAUGUGCCGUCCUCUCCUGUAUUAGGUAAAUAUGAUUGCAAGGUAAUGAAUUUGGUGAAAAGAGUAUUUGCAGUGAGUGAAAUGGAGCAAUUGAACUCUCCGGCUUUUGUUACGGAAUAUAAAGAUGUAUUUCAGGGUAUAGGUUGUUUGCCUGGUAGUUAUAAAAUUAGAGUGAAUCGCGAAUGCAAGCCUGUGGUGCACGUUCCAAGAAAGGUACCAAUACCAUUGCGAGAAAAACUAAAGGCAAAGUUAGAAGAUAUGGAGCGACAAGAUAUCAUAGCAAAGGUUGAGGGCCCUACUGAUUGGGUCAACAGCAUGACUAUAGUAAAAAAACCAAAUGGAGAUCUUAGGAUAUGUUUAGACCCGAAAGAAUUGAAUCAAGCUAUAAAACGAGAACACUUUAGGUUGCCUACGUUAGACGAAAUAGUUUCGAAUUUGUCAGGGGCUCAGUAUUUUAGCACAUUAGAUGCUACUAAUGGUUUUUGGCAAGUAAAAAUAGAAAAUAGUGAUCUUUGCACUUUUAAUACACCGUUUGGGAGAUAUAAGUUUCUACGUAUGCCCUAUGGAAUAUCGUCUGCGUGUGAGCUGGUUUACAAACCAGGCAAGCAGUUGCAUAUCGCGGACGCGUUAUCGCGCGCCUACGAGCCGCCCGCGGCCUCUUCCAGUGAUCAUCAUGACCUGCAAGACGAACUUACAGAGGCGGUGCACACAGUGUGUGCAUACAAUGAGCUAACUGAUACGCACUAUUUAAUACUACAAAAAGAAACAGAUAGUGAUAGUGAGAUGCAGCUGUUAAGAAAGUAUAUUAGAAAAGGAUGGCCAGAAGAAAAAAAAGACGUAGAAGAUGUUGUGAAGCCAAAUUGCCCAUCGCUAGUUCGUAGCCGCUGUGACGUAGCCCUAGGCUCGUUCCUGCUCGUGACGUUCGCGAUAGCAAAUGAAAACUAG